AUGGCGCCAAAAGUAUCAUCCAAAGCGGAAAAGCCCGCCUCCAAGCCAGCUUCGAAAGCCUCAGCCAAGAAGCCUGCUGCCAAUGGCGCAUCAAAGGCGAAAGCAACCACAACGAAAGCAGCCCAGACGAAUGGCGCAAAGCGUGGACAGAAGCGAGCCAAGGAGGGUGACGAGGAAGAGGACGAGCUUCAAGAUGAUGACGUCGAAGUAGAGGCCAAAGACACUGCUGCUCCUUUGCCAGAUGUCAAGAAGCGACUCAUCAAGGAACGUGGUGCUUCUGCUGAGCCCGCAAGCGACGUAGAGAUGGCUGAUGGAACGGCUCGUCCAGCCAAACGUACACGACGCGCACCAACUCCUGCUGGUCCAAUCAACUCUCUGCCACGACCCACCCAGCCCGUUCAUGCUGGUGAUGUGGCCGAGGGCAUUGCUGUAGAGGUGAGCGUUGGCAGUCAGUCCACCAGUGGAAAGGGUGCAGUUUUGCCACGCAAGCUCUUUGUCUGGGGAUCCGGUGACGCAGGCCAAUUCGGCGUCGGACCUCCCGAAGAUGACAAGCCAAACAAGCUCAACAAGCCCAAGCCAUUCGGUAACAAAGAGAUCUCGCUUCAGAUUGAUGAUGGCAACUUUGGCGAGGGCGGAAUCGAAGUUGUUGUUGGCGGUGGAAUGCACUCGGUCAUGAUCGACAGUCUUGGUCGUAUCCUGACUUCUGGUGCCGAGGACUAUGGUACUCUUGGACGAAAGCACCGAGGCAAUGCUGCUGACGCUGAAGAGUCGUACUUCAAUUUUGCUCCCGUCGAAGGCAUCUCACCAACCGGCAAGGGCAUCAACCCUAUCGACCGAAAGGAGGGCACUGUCGAGAAGUACCGUGCGACACGUGUUGCGUCAGCUGAUGCCGCUGGUGCCGCACUCGAUGACCAGGGUCGUUUGCGAUCCUGGGGUUACUUCAAGGAUGGCGAGGGACGUGUCUGCUUCGCCGAUUCGGAUCUUCCUGGGCGCAACAGGGAGCAGUGGUGGCCCAUCGCAUUGCCAGGGAUCGAGCACGAGCACUUCGCAGCCGUUGCAGCAGGAGAGAAUCACUUCCUCGCUCUCAGCCUCACCGGCAAGGUCUACUCUUGGGGAACCAACACUUGCUACCAACUUGGACGAAGCUCAAAUCCGCGCAAAGUCGCCCAGAAGUUCUCCAAGGGCGAGCCUCCUAAGGACUGCGACUUGACACCGACCACCCUCACUGGUCUCGCAGAUUGCAGGCGCAUCUUUUGCGGCCUCACGAAUGGCUUCGCCGUGGAGAAGAGCGGCAAGGUCGUCGGAUGGGGUCUCAACACAAAGGGUCAGACUGGUACUGGUUUGAAGGCAGCCAAGGUCGCAACUCCUCACACUAUUGCUGCGCUCAGCCCUGUCCGUCAUAAUGGCGCCGAGGUUGUCCAGAUCGUCGGAGGCAACUUCCAUACUGCUUUCCUGCUUGCCAAUGGGGAAGUCUUCAUUUGCGGUGACAGCGACGAGGGCAAGCUUGGUCUGCCUGCUGACCACCCAGCGAUGAAGGGCACUUCUGCUUCAAACCCCAUUGUGGUGCGCGAGCCUACUCUUGUUCCGUUCCCCGCACCACCCUCUUGGGCUCCCAAGUCGGCCAAGACCAAAGACGGCAAAACAAAGAUCGUCGCUAUCAGCGCCGGUAUGCGAUUCACCUUGGCACUGGCAGCAGAUGGAACUUUGUACUCGUGGGGAACUACUUCAGACGAUGCGUUGGGACACCCUGCGGAAGAGGCGGGCGGAGACCAGAGCAAAAAUACACCUACGGCGAUUGCAAUGCCUGGUCAACCGGGUGCUUGGCGUAUCAUGGCGGCUUCGACGGCUGGUCAACAUUCGUUGGCUAUAGCUGUUAAGCCUCCUCAGGACGACUGA